CUUAAUGCCAACAUAAUGACAAAAACUGGAUGUGACGUCACUCUAAGUCAAGAUAUACGGAAAUCAGAAAUGGCUGCGAUGGGUAGUGGACGAGGGACGAUGGAUUCCCAAAAUCAAGUGCAAAGUGAUAAUGUAGAUCGUUUAAAAUUGCUUUAUCCUAAUGUGAACGAAGAUGAGACACCGCUGCCAAAAUCAUGGAGCACGAAGGACAAAUUCAGCUACAUCGGUCUAUCACAGAAUAAUCUAAGAGUGCACUACAAAGGUCAUGGCAAAACCCACAAGGAUGCAGCCAGCGUACGUGCGACACAUCCCAUCCCAGCCGCUUGCGGGCUCUACUACUUUGAGGUCCGCAUCGUGUCGAAGGGACGAGAUGGCUACAUGGGCAUCGGCCUGUCGGCUCAUGGCGUCAACAUGAAUAGACUGCCCGGCUGGGACAAACACUCAUACGGUUACCAUGGCGACGACGGACAUUCCUUCUGUUCGUCCGGAACGGGGCAACCUUACGGUCCUACCUUUACGACUGGCGACGUCAUCGGCUGUGGAGUGAACCUUGUCGACAAUACCUGCUUUUAUACAAAGAACGGACACCAUCUUGGUAUCGCCUUCAGAGGACUUCCGGUGCGUGUGAUGGCCAAUCUAUAUCCGACUGUGGGACUUCAGACGCCUGGUGAGGUAGUUGACGCAAACUUUGGGCAGCAGCCGUUCGUAUUCGACAUUGAAGAUAUGCUGCGAGAGUUGCGUGCGCGCACGCGUCUCGCAAUUGACGAAUUCCCACUACCCGAUGAGCAGGGCCAGUGGCAGCAGGUGCUUCACAGAAUGGUGUCAUCAUAUUUGGUACACCAUGGAUACUGUGGAUCAGCUCAAUCCUUCUCCCGCGCCACAGGCCAACAUAUACACGAGGAUAUCGCCUCAAUCAAAAAUCGACAACGGAUAUCUUCGUUGGUGCUAAGCGGGCGUAUCGGCGAGGCGAUAGAGAGCACACGGCGUUGGUAUCCGGGACUCUUGGAGAGAGAUCCAGACCUACUCUUCCUCCUAAAGUGCCGCCAGUUUGUUGAGAUGGUCAAUGGCACGGCUGAUGAUGCACAGCAAUGCGGUGGGACCAACCACAAUGGCGUGGCGACGUCGGUGAUAUCUCACACCUCGAGGGCGCAUUCGCCCUCCUCUGACCACCACACUCACAACGGCCUCCAUACUAAUGGGGUGACAGAUAUAGAACAGAAACAAAAUUGUGAUGUAGAAAUGGUGCCGGCGCCACCCGCUACGGAUUCGGCCGAUUCACCCAACGGUGAGAUCGACGGUCCGGAGCCAGUGAAAGGCAUGCCGGGCGUCACCGCGUGCGUCGCCGCCCUGCUAUCGCCGCGCCGGUUCGAAGGUGAAGCUUGCCGCGUAAGCGUGGAACGUAUGCUCUCGUUCGGACGAGAGCUGUAUGCCAUGAGCCAGAAGUUGUCACAGGACCAUUUCCACAAGUCAAUGCUAGAGGAUGCCUUUAGCCUGUUAGCUUAUAGCAACCCAUGGGACAGCCCGCUGGGCUGGCAAUUAGAGCCGGUGCGCCGCGAGGCUGUCUGCGAAGCGCUCAAUUCCGCUAUACUGGAGUUCCAAGGCAUGCCGUGGAUAUCGCCGGUGGAAGCGUGCGUGUCGCACUCCCGUGAGCUCCUCCGGCGUAUGGCGCGAGCGUCCCUCGGCGCCUGUGCCUUCGCCGACCUUCCCGCACUUCUGCGCCGCUGACCCCCGCGCGCCGCGACCCGCGCUCCCCGCCCCCACCGUCAUCGCCACUGAUGUUGUCCCUUUCGAUCGAAUCAUUUACAGCUUAACGGAGUGAGACGAAUAUAUCGUAAGCGUUUUGUUUUUGUCUCCUUACGGAUUAUUUAGCGGAGUGAGACAUCGUGCCCCUGUUUGGAAUCGUUUUACAUUGUAUCUCUUGUUUAUGGAGUGCCGACAAAUGACCAAAGUACUUACGCUUUUCAUUUUGAUAGUUGAUUUUAUCGUGUCCUGACAAAAAUUAAAAUUGCGGUGAGCUUAAAUUGCAGUGGUCGGUGCGAACGAUAUGGACGUUACUAGCGGGUGUGCUCGUUAAUCGGAGGUGGUAAACGAUAUCACUUCCGACUUUAAUACAUAGAUAUAUUAUAGAAUAUAAAUAUUAAUAUAAAUCGGUAACGCGGGGCACUACUUAUGUUAUACGAUAGCGAGCACUUACAUAGUCAUUGUAUGGUAUUCAUGUACGAUCGCCCUGUUUUUGAUUUUGUAUAUGGAUUUGUGAUUCAUCAAAUGUAUUUGUCUACGUAACACGCAGAUAAAAAAAAAUAAUAAAUGUUCUAAAAUGCUUGUUACAAUGAAGACGCGUUUUGUGGAAUUAUGUAUGGCCUACGAUUGGUUGCAAUGUACAAUAGGCAGUAGCGUGGGUUGUAGGGUUUAUAAGACUUAUAGUGCCGCCGCUUAAACCUAACUUUACCGAGCUUUUUGUUGGCCAAUUAAUUGGAAGCGAGUGAGCGGCCGCCCGUAUGUGUUCAUUACAAUUUUUCCAAUACCUAAAUCAAUUCGAAAGUCAAUCAAAUUUAUAACUUAGCCUGUUUUAACAAACAC